AAUGAUUAAUACAAACAAUGGAUUUCUAGUGAUAUUCUACUGUAUUAUUAAUAGAGAUAAUGACUAAUUUUUGUUUGUUUGUCAUGUAGAUUGUUGAAAAAUAUUGAACUCAUAUUUUUUAUUUUUUUAUUCUUAAUCAUUAAACUACAGCGAGUUAAAAUUUCACACUUUGGUAUAUUUUCUACAAUACUGUGAUAUUAACGAGCCCCCACUCGUCAACUUUAAUGCCUGUUAUCAAAGCUAUUUCUUGUUAAAUUGAAGUAAAAUAUAUUUAUCUUAAUUUUUUCUGUUAUCCCACUAACAGACUAAAUAAUCCCUUUUUUUUACCCAGUUGUCACCCCUAUUAGUUACAAUAAGAAAUGUAUACAUAUUUACUACUGUAAUAUAUAUAAAUAAUGAUCUGUCUUACCUGGUAAGCCUUUGUGAGUUUCAUGAAAGCUUUUUCAUCACCCGUUUCUUUGUCAGGAUGAAGGAUCAAUGAUUGUUUACGGUAAGACCUCUUAAUUUCAGCCUGAGUUGCACCAGGUGGCAAGCCUAAUAUUUCAUAAGGAUCAAAAUUUGACAUUUCAUAAUCAAAUUGUGAAACUUUGUAUGCAAGAAAACCGAGUAACACCCAUCCAGAUAUUAUUGCUAGUUUUACAAAGAAAUUUUUUACACCCUUGUAUGGUUGUGACUGCUCUAUGAUUAACUGUUUUUUUACACAAUUGGGGCAUUGACAUAGUUCUGCACGUUUCUCUGGGUCUGUAAAUAAAAAUGACACCAUUAAACCUACUUAAUAAUUCAGACUCGAAAUGAUUACAACUAUCGUACGACAACACACAUUAUGAAUCUAAGAGAGGUUUAUUUUAGAUAGUGCUUCUUUAUCUUUACUAAAGAAUUAAAUUAGACUGAAUUUAUACAGGCUGCGUGCGAAUGGAAUAAGCUCUUUAAGGAUAUAAAUAAAAAAACUUACCUUCUUUUCUUUUCCUGGGCCAAUAAUAAAAUGUCGCCGGCACUAAGAUUAGAGCGAGGAACGAGAGGACAAAAUAAAAGAACGUAGAUCCACUCUCAUCAUAUUCGAACUUUUGUCCACCCAUUAUUAAUUUACAAAUUCAAUUCAUUUGAGUUUUAAGACUAAAAUCAUUACCUACACGAUACACGAGCGCUAUAGAAGACGUGUCAUAUCAUUUACUCUUUGGACGUGUCAUUUUUUUCCACAGAAUACAACUUUCUUGUAUAAAAAGAAACGUGUUUUCUUACUAUAGGUAAAGGUUUGCUAUUAAUCUGUGCUACCUUCUUCUUCUUUUAUUAAUGGCUUGUCUGUGCUACUUUAAGAUUGUGUCAAACAUUUAAUGUUUUAGCUGAUGGUCAGUGUAGCCAAAGCUUCAAAAAAGAAAAAAAAAGAUUGUGUUAAAAAAAAAAUGACGUUGACAUGUUGACAAAAUGUCAUAAAAAUUUGAAGUGUCAGUUCAGAUGUCCUGAGUAAAGAAAAAAAAAACAAUUCCUUAAUAAGAUCAAUAAAACAGAGGCAAGUGAUCCAAUUAAUUACCAUUAUCAAUCAAUCCCAUCCUUAAAUAUAUUUGACUAGGAUGCACAAUGUUAAUGCGUAGUACCGAGAUUUUUGGCACCACGCGUACGACAUUGUGUAUGACUAUAUUUUGUCGAGGUUUGUUUAUUGGAUACUAUAUUUUAGAUGGCUACCAAAACAAUCGCUAGUGCUACUGUUAGAGCUGUAAAAAAACGGGUAUUACCUUCGCGAGCAGCGCUGGUUCUUACACCUUCAGCUGUUAAUAAAAUCAAAGAACUCAUGUCUAAAGAAGAAGCAAAAGGUUUUGUGGGCUUAAAAGUUGGCGUACGACAAAGAGGAUGUAAUGGGUUAUCGUACACAUUAGAUUACGCCAAAAGUAAGGAAAAAUUAGAUGAAGAAGUAAAACAAGACGGUGUGACUAUAAUAAUUGACAAGAAAGCACAAUUGACUUUAUUAGGAACUGAAAUGGACUUUGUGGAGAAUAAAUUAUCAGCAGAAUUUGUAUUCAAUAACCCAAAUAUUAAAGGAACAUGUGGUUGUGGAGAAUCAUUUAGUAUAUGAAGGUCCCAUUGAUAGUUUUACUUAAUUCUGAUCAUUUAAGAAGGAAAUAACAUAUUCAAUAUAGCAAUGAUAGUCAUAAUAAUCCAAGUCUAAUAAGUAAUCUCUGAUAUUAGAAUAGAACCUAUUAACAAUUGUAUUGAUUCAGCAUUAUGUUUUGAGUUUUGUCAAUAGUUCAUAUGAAUACCAACACAUGCAUUGGCAUUCAUUUGAACAUGCAUGUAUAUUUUUGAAUAGAUUAUAAUAUUAUUGUUAGCUAAAGGUUUGUGAAAUAGAACUUGCACAUAGUGUAAUUUAAAUUGAUACCAAAUGCAUUGGUAAUGUAUAUAUAAUGUUUAUUUUUAGUUUGAUUUUUUUUCAAAUUCUUUCUUUUUGUAAAUAAAACCUUUAAUUAAAUAGAUUGAAUUUC